GCCAUGGAGUGCACCAGAAAAUAUCGAAAACACCCUUGAGGAUCCUCCUUUGUAACAUGCGCUAAACCCUAUAAGCGAAAAACCAAAAACCCUCUCAGUACCGGUUUUUUCAGCCGCCCGCCACACGAACUUCGCGCCGUUGCUCUUCGCCUUGCGUGUGGUCGUCACCGGAAAACGCCCCAAUGGAUGAUUUAUUCGCUACCGCAGAGAAAAAGGUUCUUGUGGAAAUUGUGAAAUUGUCCCAAAAGAGAGGGAUGAAGGGUGAUAAAGGAGACUGGAAGCAGUUUUUAAGUAGUUAUGAUAAGAAGUUUGGGGCUAGCUUGAGUGAUCCCGGUAGGCGGUCCAACGAUGUACUGACUGCAUUUUUGAAGACUUUGAACAAUGAGGAUGAUUUGAAGGUUUUGGCUAAAGUUGUCCAAUGCCAUACAAACCGCCAAGCCGUGGAGCAAUUGUUAAAGAAUUUUCCAGAAAAUGAAUCCCCAGAGCAGAAGCUUGUCCGUGCAACUCUUGAGCACCCACAAUAUCCACUGGAUUACUCAUUCGCAUCAAAUGAUCAGGAUUGGGUAGCUACAAAGCUAGGUAAAAAAUCCAAGGUGAUGACCUCAAAUGCAAUGUUUGCUGUUGAUUGCGAGAUGGUUCUAUGUGAAGAUGGCUCUGAAGCUUUAGUAAAGGUGUGCGUAGUGGAUGCCAAUUUACAGGUCAAACUGAAUGAAUUUGUAAACCCUUGCAAAGAAGUUGCUGAUUACAGAUCUGAGAUUACAGGAGUUUCAGCAUCGGAUUUGGAUGGAAUUACAUGCACAUUGAAGGAUAUACAGAAACUCUUGAAGAAGUUGUUGUCAGAUGGUACUAUUUUAGUCGGGCAUAGCUUAUGUAACGACCUGCAAGCACUGAAGUUGGAACAUGCCAGGGUGAUCGAUACUGCAUAUAUCUUCAGAUACUCUGAUGGACCUAUUGAUAGAAAACCUUCCUUGAACAAUUUGUGUAAGUCAGUAUUGGGUUAUGAAGUCCGGAAGCAAGGUUCUCCACACAAUUGUCUGGAUGAUGCUUGUGCUGCAAUGAAACUAGUUCUUGCUAAGAUAAAGGGCGAAGUUGGUGUUAUUGUCCCCCCAGCUCAGGAGGAUGUACGUGAAGUUAAUAUGGCAAAGCUACUUCUGCAUAGGAUACCAAUUACAGUGCCUAGUGAAGAACUGCACAAUGUCGUUCCUGGGAACUAUACGAUACAAGUCAAGCAACCAUCUGUGAAAGCGCAAGGAGAUAAAUAUUCUGCCUUUGCUAUCUUUAUGAGUCCACAAGAAGCACAUCAGGCAUAUGAAAAAGUCCAAGGCAGCCGGGAGAAGGACUCAUGUGGACGGCCCCAGAAACUUGUUGCAUUUAAGCUCAGCACAGGUGUAACUGCUGAUUUAUUCGUUCGUAAAAUGGCAAACGUUGAUUCCUUUGCUCAAGUCUCAUCGAAGAGAGCUUUAGAAGUUGAAGAGAACUCAGGUGUACAUAAAAAACAAAAGACAGGUCAGAAAGUAGAAGAGGAGACAACGGCAGAGCUAAAUCAGUGCUGCGAUCACCUUAAAGAGAUGGAAAGGUUGAAGGAAGAACAACUAAAGGCCCUAGACAAGUGUUCUGAUCAAUUAAAGGAGAUUGAAGGACUGAAGCAGCAACUUCAAAAUAAAGAGUUUGAAAUUUCGACACUGAAUAAGAUUGUUUCUAAACUCCAAGGGGGCAAGAAAAAAGGGAAGUAGAAUUUAGUGUGGCCCCGAGAAUUAUUCGCAGCUCUGGAGGCACGUCAAUGCUCAGCGUGUUGCAACAGCUCGUAGCCCUUUGAAUGUGAUGGGCAGUUUAACAUCAGGCUUCAUGAAGAAAAAGGUCGAAGGUCUCAUUUUUUGGCAAUUAUGGCUUCCCCGUUGCAUCCGUCGAGAAGUACAUCAGUUUUGCUGCUGAUCAAUUUUGACUGGUGGGAUUUUCCGAAGAUACAGAUUUAUUUAUAUGUAACUUUGAUUGGUGAUACAACAUUUGAUUCUUUUUUUCAAAAAAAGAAAGAACAAUUUCGUGUUA